CCGGGGCCGCGGGAUGACGCCUCCUCCGCCAGGACGUGCCGCCCCCAGCGCACCGCGCGCCCGCGUCCCUGGCCCGCAGGCUCGGUCCGGGCUCCCGCUGCGGCUACUGCUGCUGCUCUGGGCGGCCGCCGCCUCUGCCCAGGGCCACCCAAAGAAUGGACCCCGCGUCUCCGCUGUCUGGAAAGGCCGUGUAGGGCAGGACCGGGUGGACUUUGGCCAGGCUGAGCCACACACAGUGCUUUUCCACGAGCCAGGCAGCUCCUCCGUGUGGGUGGGUGGACGCAGCAAGGUCUACCUCUUCAGCUUCCCCGAGGGCAAGAACGCCUCCGUGAGCACGGUGAACAUUGGCUCUACCAAGGGGUCCUGCCUGGACAAGCGGGACUGUGAGAACUAUAUCACGCUUCUGGAGAGGCGGAGUGAGGGGCUGCUGGUGUGUGGCACCAACACCCGGCGCCCCAGCUGCUGGAACCUGGUGAAUGGCACAGUGGUGCCACUUGGUGAGAUGAGAGGCUAUGCCCCCUUCAGCCCAGACGAAAACUCCCUGGUUCUGUUUGAAGGGAAUGAAGUGUACUCCACCAUCCGGAAGCAGGAAUAUAAUGGGAAGAUCCCUCGGUUCCGCCGCAUCCGGGGAGAGAGUGAGCUGUACACCAGCGAUACUGUCAUGCAGAACCCUCAGUUUAUCAAGGCCACAAUUGUGCACCAAGACCAGGCCUAUGAUGACAAGAUCUACUACUUCUUCCGGGAGGACAAUCCUGACAAGAAUCCCGAGGCGCCUCUCAACGUGUCCCGCGUGGCCCAGCUGUGCAGGGGGGACCAGGGUGGUGAGAGUUCACUGUCGGUCUCCAAGUGGAAUACCUUUCUGAAAGCCAUGCUGGUGUGCAGUGAUGCUGCCACCAACAAGAACUUCAACAGGCUGCAGGACGUCUUCCUGCUCCCUGACCCCAACGGCCAGUGGAGGGACACCAGGGUCUAUGGCGUUUUUACCAACCCCUGGAACUACUCAGCUGUCUGCGUGUAUUCCCUCGGUGACAUUGACAGGGUCUUCCGCACCUCCUCACUCAAGGGCUACCACACCAGCCUCCCCAAUCCCCGGCCUGGCAAGUGCCUCCCGAACCGGCAGCCUAUACCCACAGAGACCUUCCAGGUGUCUGACAGUCACCCUGAGGUGACACAGAGGGUGGAACCCAUGGGACCUCUGAAGACGCCAUUGUUCCACUCUAAGUACCACUACCAGAAAGUGGUCGUCCACCGCAUGCAGGCCGGACAAGGGGAGACCUUUCACGUGCUUUAUCUAACCACAGACAGGGGUACCAUCCACAAGGUGGUGGAGUCAGGGGAGCAGGAUCGCAGCCUUGUCUUUAACAUUGUGGAGAUCCAGCCUUUCCGCCGUGCAGCCGCCAUCCAGGCCAUGUCUUUGGAUGCUGACCGGCGGAAGUUAUACGUGAUCUCCCACUGGGAGGUGAGCCAGGUACCGCUGGAUCUGUGUGAGGUCUACGGUGGGGGCUGCCACGGCUGCCUCAUGUCCCGAGACCCCUACUGCGGCUGGGACCAGGGCCACUGCGUCUCCAUCUACAGUUCCCAGCGGUCAGUGCUGCAAUCCAUUAAUCCAGCUGAGCCACACAAGGAUUGUCCCAACCCAGAGCCAGACAAGGCCCCACUGCAGAAGGUGUCCUUGGCCCGGAACUCUCGCUACUACCUGAGCUGCCCCAUGGAGUCCCGCCAUGCCACCUACUCGUGGCGUCACAAAGAGAAAGUGGAGCAGAGCUGCGAACCCGGCCACCAGAGCCCCAACUGCAUCCUGUUCAUUGAGAACCUCACGGACGGCCAGUAUGGCCACUACCUCUGCGAGGCCCAGGAGGGCUCCUACCUCCGCGAGGCUCAGCACUGGCAGCUACUGCCCGAGAAUGGUGCCAUGGCCGAGCACCUGAUGGGCCGAGCCUGCGACCUGGCCUCCUCCCUCUGGCUGGGGGUGCUGCCUACACUCACUCUUGGCCUGCUGGUCCACUAGGGCCUCCCUGGGCUGGGCAUGCUGCAGGCUUCUGCAGCCCAGGGGCACUAGAAAAGUCCCACACUCAGAGCCAGCUGGCCCGGGAGCUCCUUGCCCACCACUUCUUCCAAAGGGACUGAGUAAUGCGAUGGGGGAUGCAGGCCUGGAGACGUCCAGCCGCAGGCGGCUGCUAGGCCCCAGGUGGGCGAGAUUCAUGGGGGCCAGAGAGUGAGGGCACUGACUGUGAAGCUGGGGUAUCAGUGGCCCAGGACUUUAUCUUUUGGAGAAUAUUUUUCAAAAACUCCUCCUCAAACUUGACUAAAUGCAGUGAUGCUCCCGGCCUGCGAGCCCAUGGGCUGGGGAGUGGGGUUUGGAAAGUGGAGCUGGGACCCCAUCUGUGCACCUGGGGGCUGAGGCCUGAGUCCUUGGACUCUCUGUGCCUAAAUUGCCUCCUUCCUCCUCUCUCCCUCAUAUCUGGGGGUGACUGGUGUUCCUGCAGACCCAGAGCUACCCUCUGCCUGGCCCUGCCCUCUGCAGCUCCUUCCGCAGACCUGGGUCCCACUGGACAGCCAGCCUCCUUGCAUGUUUAUUGAAGGAUGUUUGCUUUCCGGACAGAAGGACGGAAAAAGCUCUAUUUUUAUGUUAGGCUCAUUUCAUGUAUAGCUACUUCCGACUGCAUCUGUAUGAAAAUACCAAAACUACAU